AAGACCACACGGCAGCCAUCUUAGUUGUGCCAACGGCUAUCACAACCACACACCAGGAAGUGUCCUAUCUAUCCGCUGUAGUUCUUCUUUAGGGUCAACUCUUUCAGUCAAACUACCUUCAAAAAGCGGUGAGGAAAGUUGUUUUGAGUGCCUGUUGAGACCACCCAGUACAGCAGGAUGGACUCUGAGAUUUUGAACAUAGAGGAGAUAGUGAUGGGACGGGGAUUGCCUGAUCCGCCUCCAGAGGUUCCCCCUGAAAAGCCAGCGGAACCAUACAAACCCAUCACUUUGAAUGGGCCUCCUGCACCGGCUGUUCAAUCCUACCAGCAUGAAAACCUGCAGUGUUUCCAGUGCUUCAUCACGUUCUGCAGUGCCAAAGCCAAGGAGAGGCAUAUGAAGAAGAGCCACCGGGAAGAGUAUAAGCAACAGCUUCAGCAGGGAAACACAUUGUUCACGUGCUAUGUGUGUGACCGCACAUUUCUGUCAUCUGAGGAACUGACGCAGCACCAGCCCACACACAGCAAGGACGACAAGCCUUUCAAAUGUGUUCACUGCAAGGAGAGCUUUAAAACGUUCUCUGAACUCACAACCCAUAGAAGACAGGUGUGUCCAGAGAAGCAGUUGGUAUGUAAAGAUUGCAAUGAAACCUUCCGAAGUGCUGGACUGUUGCGUACUCAUCGCCUGACCCAGCAUCCCCGCCCAGACGUAGAGACAGCAGAACAGCCAGAGGAUCCUUCGAAAACCCACCGCUGUAAGAAGUGUGGUCAGGGCUUUGAAACAGAAACAGAGCUCACAGCUCACCAGGAGAAAUACCCUGAAGGUCAGCAAUGCAACGGCAGUGCUUCAGCCCUCAAGAAACGUGGACGGCCUAUGAAAGCUGAAGACGCGGCAGCUGCUGAGAAAAAGGGAAAGCGGAAAAAGAAGGAUGAGGCAGAGGUGCCCGAGGAGGCGGUGAAGGCCAGCAGCACAUCAGAACCAGCAGCACCUCCGGCAGAGGAAAAGGGAAAAGCAGGUGGAGCAAAGCGAGGCCGUCCUUCUAAAGCAGUAGGGAAAUCAGAAACCGAGGACAAGAAGAGUCCCGAGGAUGAUAGUCAGUCUCCAGCAAAGGAGAAGAAACCGAAAGCAGAUGCUGCUGCUCUGGCCCGUCAACACCCCUGUCCUGAAUGUGACCUCACAUUCCCCGGCCUGAUUCAGCUCCGUGCUCACAAGAAGGAGAAACACACCCCGCGCAAAGCCCAUCCCUGCGAAGAAUGUGAAGAGAGCUUUGCUCGUCCUGAGCAGCUGGAUGCCCACAUGUCACGGGCCCAUGCCGUGGGUCGCUUUGCCUGUCCAACCUGCGGGAAGAGCUUUGGUCGUGAGCGCACCUUGAAAGCUCACCAAAAAAGCCACCCGGAGGAAAAGCCUGAAAACAUGAGUGCAAAGAGAUAAUUGAGACAAGUGGACUUUGCAGAAAGUGUAUGUUUUUUGAAGAUUUUAGUCAAGAAUUGUCCUUUUUUUUUUUCUUUUAACAUUGGAGAUCUGAUGCUACAGCUGAUGGUUUCAGAUGAGUUAAAUGGUUUUGAGAAUGAAGUUUUAGCAGGUUUUGGAUUUUAAGUUGAGUUUUGAAUGUGAGCUGAUGUUGAUUUUUGACAAACACAUCUCCAAAAUUGACUAACCAAAUGUUAAAUCCAUCUAUUACAACCGUUGCCACAAAACAUAGUUUAUUUGUUUAAAAAAAAAAUUGUUUUAAUUAACUUUUAAAUGAUUUGUUUAAGUUUUUUUUUUUAAGCGUGAAAUGCGUGUGGUGUGAAUUUAUUACUUGGUGGUGUCUUGAGUUCAACUCACUCUGUGGUUUUAAAAAAGUUUUAUUUUUUUUUUAUUUUUUUUUUUUUUAAACAAAUUGGGUAAGUACAUAUUUUGAAGCAAAUUAGACGCCUAGUAGAGAUACUAUGUUUGAAUGUUUAGACAGUUUGUCAAAAGAAAUGUGUUAUGUACAGCUUCUGGUUCAUAUUGUGCAUUUUUUUUACCUUUUAAUAUUUUUGAUUAUGUUCCUUUCUAAAUUAAGUCUCAUUGAGGAAGAAUUUUAAAAUAACAUGAUUAUGUUUUGCUAAAAUUAAUUUACUUUGGCUUAGUGCUCCAGAUUCAAUGCGGAGUGUUUGACGUGUGGGCAGAAAUGAUCCACUAUAAUCCUGAAUUGUCUGCAGUAAAAAAAAAAAGACUCCUUUUAAUUUUUCACUUAUUAAAAUAAUGUUUCAUGUCUUAGACAUUUCUUAAAUGGAACUCAUGACUCUUUAAUGCCUUAGAGUCCCAUAAGGAACUGUGUAUAAUAUGUGUUUUUCACUGAUUGGAUUGUUUCUCUCCCCACUGCAAUGUGUCUGGACAUUGCAAAAAUGUAAUAAAACGUGCCAUCCUAAGGGAGGCUGCUGAAGAAAA